AAACACUGAUCCGCGCACGCGCACUCGAUCCAAGUGCACCUCGGGCGGCCCGAGAAGGUUUUGCGGGUCUCAGAUCUGCGGUUGCUGCGGAAGAGAAGAGCAGAGUCCGGACCCAUACCCACUGGACCGGAACUGGAUUUAGGAAGACUCAUAGGAACGCGGCACAGGCGGUGACGGAUCCGGUUUGGCUUCUGCAUCCAACCGUCUCGAUAAUUUAAGGUUGGCGAGGAUGAUGAUGAUGACGAUGACAUCCUCCACGGAGAAGAUGAAGAAACCUCCAAAAGACAGUCUGACUCUACUUCCAUGUUUCUACUUUGUAGAGCUGCCUAUUGUGGCUUCUUCUAUGGUGUCUCUGUACUUCCUGGAGCUAACAGAUGUGGUGCAGCCAGCUCAGACGGGUUUCCGCUGUAAUGACCGAGACCUCAGCAUGCCUUACGUGGAUGAAGGAGAUGAGCUGAUCCCACUGCUGAUGCUGCUGAGCCUCGCCUUUGCUGGCCCAGCUGCUUCGAUCAUGCUGGUUGAAGGAGUCAUUUACUGCCUGCAGUCCCGACUGAAAGUCCGCAAAGCUGAAGGCAGCAUCAAUGCAGGAGGCUGCAGCUUCAACUCCUUCCUGAGAAGGACGGUUCGCUUUGUAGGUGUGCACAUGUUUGGACUGUGCGCGACGGCACUGCUGACUGACAUCAUCCAGCUGUCGACAGGUUACCAUGCUCCAUUCUUCCUCACGGUUUGUAAACCCAACUAUACUCUGGCCGGUGUGUCAUGUGAUCAGAAUGCUUAUGUCACCAAAGACAUUUGCUCAGGACACAAUCAGCAUGCCAUCAUGGCUGCUAGGAGGACGUUUCCAUCUCAGCAUGCAACUCUGUCAGCCUUUGCUGCUGUUUAUGUGUCUAUGUACUUUAAUUCAACCAUCUCUGACAGCACUAAGCUGCUGAAACCUGUCCUGGUGUUUGCAUUUGCCAUUGUGGCGGUGCUGACGGGUUUAACCCAGAUCACACAAUAUCGCAGCCAUCCUGUUGAUGUCUAUGUGGGCUUCCUCAUUGGAGCUUUCAUCGCUGCAUACCUGGCACUCCAUGCUGUUGCAUGUUUCAAGUCAUCUGAUGGAUCCACUCAGGCGCCACCUGCACCAGUUCAAAAGGAAGACCCCCUGCGUGCAUUGACAGAGAGAGGACAUGAGUCUGUUUACAACAAAGGUCCUGCCUCUGCUUCAGAGAGUAAUGAUGAGAUUGCAGUGGCACCAGCCUCUUUGGAUUGUCUAGAGGGCCUGAGGCCUCUGCAGAGAGAGAAAGGUUCUAUGGGUAGCUUAAAAAGGGCCAGUGUGGAUGUAGAGCUACUUGCCCCACGAAGCCCAAUGGGUAAGGAGACCAUGCUUACCUUCAGUAACACACUGCCAAGAGCUAGCAUGAACAUUAAUGGUUCUCUUAGUUCUAUUGAGGCACCACCUGAUUCAGUGCAGCCGGUGCAACCGGUGAAACCAGUGCAACGACGUCUGAAGGCUGUGCAAGUACCUCUGGAGCCCAUUCGGUCACAGCAGCUGGUUUCAGAAUGGAAGCAGAAGUCAAUGGGAAAACGAGUCCUAGGAGCCCAAGGGGAGGCAGAAUGUGAACCUAGUGAAGAUGGUUCUGAGGGCAGUUCUGUUGGGACUGAUGAUGCAGGUUCUCAGGCCAUGAUAUACCUGCCCUCUGGGCAGACUGCAAGGGCAAAUUCUAGUCGCAAUUUCACCCCUCCUUCAGCCAGUACUAAAGCUGUGGCAACUCCCAGACCACCACAGAUCCCUGAAGCAGGACCUCCACCGGUUUCUCCAAAAAGUGCCUUGACACGAGCCAAGUGGCUUGCCAUUCAAGAGAAGACAAGCGGAGAAGGAUCAGGACGGGGCUCCACCAACCAGCCACGACUAAUGCAGGUUAUUGCCAUGUCGAAGCAGCAAGGACUCCUACCCUCCUCCUCAUCCUCUGGGGAAAAAUCCUCAGAAACUACCUCCACCUGCUCUGGUACCUCAUCUGCCAUAGACUCCCCACAUUGCCUUCAGCCCUCAGAGCAUCAGCAGGAGGGACUGGGGAUCAUCACAGUGGAUGCCCACGCCCCCAAUCAUCCUGUUGUCCAAGCUUUAACGCCACCACAAGCUUUCCUCUUGGCAGGUGGUCGAAAUUCAACAGUUUCCAAUGGAGAUGACCCAUGCUACUCCUAUUAUUCGAACAAGGUUAAUCGAGGAGAAUCAUCUGAUCGUGGUAGCACCUUCUGCCCACGUCGCUCAGCAUCGCCAGCAACAGCCAUUGAACCCUCUAGCUUUCCACCACACCAACAGGUUGAGGGGUCAGCUGAGGCUCAGCGUAGGGAGAUGGUCAUGAGACGCAAGACAGCACUAGUUCUGCUGGAUCGAGAGAUCCGGAACCACAAUGAACAGGAGAAUUAUUAUAAGAGUCUGCAGGGUCGAAGGUUUAGGGAUUAGUCUUGAUUGAUGCUUCAAUCAAAUUAAGUUAUCAAAAAGCAAAGUCCAUGGAAAAACUUUAUUUACCAGAACACCGGACUGCUGCACGAUGUGCUGUAGAAAUCCUGCUGCUGUUCGUGUUGUGACAGAGCAGCUUAGUCACUUCUGCCUCUUUAUGAUCCAACUAAAUUCAUGAUGUAUUUAUUAAAUGUCCUCUGAUGUCAAAAUUAGACCAGAUUUAAAAUUAAAAAAAAAAACCUUCAAUGGUUCUAAUUAGACAGCAACGCAGUAUGAAUGAAGCAUUAAUUUAACAAGAUGGUUGGAUCUGUUUGACAGAAGAUCAGCCUUCCUGGUUCUGUCCCAUCACUACAGAGCUGGGAAGUUUCCAUAGCAACCCAGUUAUUCAAAGAGAUUAAGUCCAUGAGCAUAAGGACAACUUUUAAACAUUUCCUCUGGAAGCACUAACAAGAAAUGGAACCAGGGGCCUCAUUUACAAAACUGCAUAGAAUCCUUACUAAAAACCUACUUUAGCUGCUUUAUAAAUCACACCUGUCCCAGGAAUGAGCUCAGAUGUUUCUGGAUCAUAUCCCGCCUGCUACACACCCACUUUCUGUCUUGAAUGGAUGAUGCAAACUACAUUAUGACCAUAGAGAGCCUAAGGCCAUCGGAUAGCACACUACUGCUAACCACUUAAAACAUUUUCCCUCUCCUGAUAAUAACAGUUAAAUUUCUUUGAUAUUGAUUGUGCUACUACUAGUUUACCUGUUGAAACACUAAUCUUAGCAGUAUUCCAAAGAUGGAAGAAGGAAAUCCUACAAACCUGUUAAAUGUGGGAUUUGAAUGACAUGUCCUUGUCAAAGAAAACACCAACGUUUCUUACUGUGUACACGGAGACUAAUUUAAUGCCGUUCAGGUCAGGCGAUUGAUUAAGCAGUUUAUAGAUCCUCCUUCCAAUAAAGGCCUGGAGCUUGAUGAGCUUGAGUCAAAUUAUAUAUAUAUAUAUAUUGUGCUUACACAACCAGGGAUAUCAUAAAAUAACUGGAGGUCUCAGGGAACCCACUACAUAAAAGUCCAUAAGUUCAGUAUGGUUCCCAGAAGCAGUUACCU